AUGGUUGAUUCAACUCGCCCUGAAUUUGACAUUUUGGACUCAGAAGGAAUUGAGUACCACUGUUGGGUUUCUGAUGUGGAAACCACUUUUGUGGGAAAGGACUACACUUCCACCAUCAAAACCCCCACCGACCCCAAAGACGCAGGACCGUCUGACAAGGAUGCUCUAAAAGGGCGUUUUGGGAACAUUCAUGAUACUUUGCUCCCAGAACUGACCGUCCAGUGGAAUGAAAUCCGCUUGCUUGAUUAUAAAAGGGUCAAUGACUUCAACAAGGACAUGCUGCGCUUAAAGGCACGUCUCAACUUCUGUGGGAAAGAACUCACAGAAGAUGAUAUGAUCCAAAAGACACUUUCCACAUUUCCUACUUCAUCACUAAUACUAGCGAACCAGUAUAGGUUAGAGUAUGACAACAAGAGAAUCACAACUUUCAAUAAGCUGAUCAACCUACUGCAAAUGGCUGAAAGGCAUAGUGAGGUUCUCGUGAACAACAACACUAGGCCUGUUGGGACAAAGAAAAUUCCUGAAACUAACUAUGGCAAGGUGAGAGGUGGAAAGAACCCCAAAGGAAAGGGGGUUGGACGUGUUGAUCCCUACUCACAUGAGAACAAUGCACCACGUGGAAAGGGACAUGAGGGUCGUGGAAAGGGCCGUGGAGGCCCUCCACAUGUAUGGCGUAGAGAUGGUGGUGCUGGCCCAAGUGGUCAUGGUGGUACUGGUCCCAGUGGUCAUGGCUCCAAG